UGCAAAUUCAUGAGUGCGCAAUUCUACUCGGAGACAGUCCAGUCAAGAGAGGACAAGCAGCCACCGAGUCGCGCUAUGGGGACUAGUUUAUGAGGGACAAUAAACCAAAUGUCUCUUCCCGUCUGUUUGGGCUGUGUGUGUUCGUGCUGUAGCGGAGCUGGACGUGCCCACCUGAAGAAGUUCGCUGUGCGGGUGCUGUUGUUGCUAACGUGACCCAGCAGCAGCCAACAUGGCUGAGGAUGACAGUGAAUGGGUUGUUGAGAGCAUCGUUGGCUACCUAGGAAGUCCCGAAUGGGUCAUUCCUGUCACGGAUUUUAUGGAGAACAAAUGCACAGUUUUUGAUGACGAAGAUGAAAAUAAGUUAUCAUAUACAGAAAUCCAUCAGCAGUAUAAGAAAUUGGUGGAGAAGCUGUUAGAGAAUUACAUGCAGGAGGUUGGCAUCAAUGAGCAGCAAUUUCUGGAUGCAUGCACCUCUCCUUUUGCCAAGUCCAAACCUCUGCAGUCAGUGUUCCAGCCAGUUCUGGCUACAGAUGACUUCCAAAUGUUUCGUUCACUGAUGGUCCAGAAGAACAUGGAGCUGCAGCUUCAAGCCCUCAGGGUCAUUAAAGAAAGAAACGGGGCCCUCCCAGAGUGUCUGACUGAUGGUGUGGAUGUGAUGACAGAGUUGCAGCAGGAAGAGAUGAAAAUCCUGCAGGAGGUUCUCAAAAAAUCAAAAGAAGAGUAUGAUGAGGAAAUGUCCAGGAGGCUACUGUUAGAGGAAGAGGUUGGUUCCACCUCCAGCGGCUGCUCUGAUAAGCCAAUGGUAGAGAGCAGCGAAGCCCUGAUUACCAGCUCUGCUCCCAGCCAGCAACGCAAUAUUGCCAAGGUCAACGGCAACCCGGUCAGAAAAGAAGAAGGGAAGACAGCUGCCCCUAGAGGUGGAGAUGAGAAAAGUGCAGCUAAGAGCAAGUCCUCGGCUAAACCUAUACCAGAUUGUGGCAGUAACAGUGGGGAGUCCAGAGUCCUUCCAGCAGUGAGAGCUCCAGUAAAGCCCAGUGAGCCCUCCGUCAGCAACAGUGCUCAUACCAAGGAACAGAGCAACAGCAGCAAGCCUGUAGCCGAGACGUGGCUGGAGGAGGCACACAGGGAGGCUGGCUUCUCUAAGCCAUAUACUGAGUUGUCAGUGUCACAACAGGAGCAGCUCCAGCAGAGGGCAGCGUAUCUUCGUCAGCAGCGGGACAAGCUGCAUGCACUGAAGAAAGAGCAGCAGAAAACCAAGCAGACAGCCACACCAGGAGAGGCACCUACCAGCCCCACACCAGCACCGACCACCACCCCGGAGGCAGUGGGGCAGUCCCAGAGGAAUGGGGCCUGUACCCCUCCUCUUCCUCCAGCACAACACUCUGCUAACUCCUCCAAACAGAAGGAGAUAUCUGCCGAGGAAAGAAAGAAGCUGCAGAAGAGAAAACAUCUGGCUGACAAGCUGAAAGAGGAAGUGAUCAAGAAAUAACUUCCCCUCCAACUGCAGUAUUCUCACUUAUAUCCUAUCUCUUUACUCUGUUAAUCAAACACAUGGCUUCCUUUACACUGCCUCCUUCAGACAAAUAAUCCACUUUCCAUGACACAUUUCAGGGUUUUUCCCAAAGAAACUAAAAGUAGAGAUCUUCCUUCUUCUGAGUUCUUGUCAUGGCUGUCUACAGAUGAAACAGGGGCAUCUUCUUUUAAAUUUUGGAUGUACCACUGUGUGGCAGUCUGCACUCAUACCAGGCUACUCAAGUGUUCUAAGGUCUGUUAGAUAAUUACAACUGUUUGACCAAGAAAGUUCAGAAAAUGUCAGGCAAACUGAAACGCACACAGACCAGUCAGGCAAUAUGCUGCCAAUAUUAGGAGGCUUCAGUGGAAAACCCAGACACUUUACGUUACUAGAUGCCUGUGUCCAAAUCACUCCAUAUUUGUGGAAUAAGUGAACGCCAUUUACUUUGAUGACAUCUUGGAAUGUCCAAAUUGUAAGUGCUAAAGUUUUAGACUAAAUAAUGUCCUCAAAUGGUCCCACAUUGGAAUAAAAACAUUUUCAUGUUAUGCAUUUAAAAUGUCAUAAAUGGGCCAUGUGGUGAAACUGACUCAACACUGGGCACAAAUGGCAUGGAGUUAUGUCAGUGAGUUAAGCAUUAAUGUGGGGAAAGACUCAAUUGGGUGAGUUUUCAAUUAAGUUCAAUUCAAAGGGGCUUUAUUGGAAUGGGAAACUGUCCUAUGUUGAAGUGAACGUUAGCUAGCUCAAGUAUACAGUCUUGUUUUCCACUGUCGUUAGCAUUCCCAGAGCGAAAACACUGUAGCAGCUCAUCCUAGUCAAAGAGCACUGUGGAAAUUGCAUGGAUGUAAAUCGUCAUGAUGAGCACACUGUAAUGUGUUCUUAAAGGGGCCAAGACAACAGUGUGUCGCUUGCUACGGAGGAAUGCCAUAUUUAUCUUCAAAUCUGCAGUCUUCACUUUUAAGCAAUCAGGAUGCACCAGUUUCUAUGUAAUAUUGUUAUCAGGUAUGCUGUUUAAUAAAUCACAUUUUAUAGAAAAGACCUGGAUUC